AUGGCAGGAACUAAGGCUAGUGCGCCCAACACACUCAAGAGACCCGGCCAGGGGUCUAAAAUCUACAAUCCGGAUAAGCCGGUUCAGUCCAGCGACAACGACCAAUUUGCGAAUAGCCUGAUACAUGGCAACAAGCAUCCGGUUCCGAACACGCAAGCGCAGCGCCAGCCCCAGCCCCAGCAGCAAGGCACUCGCCCACAGCAAGCCCCGAGGGAGAGCGAUGAGGAGUUGCGGCGUCGAGCGGCGCGAUACCAGUUGGCGAAGCUCGGCAUCACCUUCGACGACGAGAAAUCGAAAGUCACGCGGGAGACCGAAACACUGACAGGCGGGAAAGUGCAGCAGUACUUCUAUGGCGCCCAGUGGAACCCGCAGACCGUCAAGAUGACCGUCAAAUAUAGCCUGGAGGGCAGACUCGAGGCCGACAUCAGUGGAUACACUACGCAAGCUACCCCUGAGAAGGUCGAGGCGGACGUGAAGAAAGUCGCUGAAGGUCUCUGUCAGGGACAUCACGACGACGAGCUGUCGAAAUCUGGGCUUGCGGAGCUACUUCUGCCCUUCGUCAAGAUGGCAGAGGCACCAGCCAUGAUUUUGGACACUUCUGCGAACGCCUAUGGACUCGGCAUGACCACGGCAGUCCUCAGAGCACUAGAUCCAGUGCUCGACUCGAACAGCGCGAACCACGAUGGUCCUUUCAAAGCCGUGGCUAAGAAGUCCAGCGAGGGAUGGAUCCACAUGAAGCUCAAGAACUUCCGCUUCGGUCGACUGUAUAGGAAGGGCAACAAUAUCAUGCCAUGCAAAUUCAGCAUUGCGGUGUUGCUCUACAUGCAGGAGUGCUGGGGCUUGUGUGCUCGCCUCAGCUCCGUGGACCAAGACGACUUGGAACUUGCACUCGAAGCCGGAGAUAUCCAGGACAUCCUGAGAGAGGCACAAGAGCCACCAAAGCCCCAGCUAGAGCCCAAGCAACAGCCUGCUGGAGCGCAGUGGUCGAUUUAUCCCUCCGAUAUGGCUACGGAGGCCAAGGUCGAUGCCCAUAGGCGGAGCUGGCUCGACUGCGAGAAGCAGUGUCUCGAGCACGCCAGCGCCAUGCAGAAGUCAGAAGAGCAGUACUUGGAAGACAUCGUUGACGGCAAGUACCACGAGCAAGAGGCGCUUGACGAAGAACGCGAGGAAGAUGAUUUCUCAAAGGCAUUGAAGAAAUUAGAAUCGACCUCGCUCAGAAAGCGACAGGCCCGAGAGAAGAAGAUUCGCGACAAAGACGUGAAGAUUUCUCAGCGCCGUGAAGAAGACCGUCGCCAGGAGAAAGAGAAGGUUGAUGCUGAUGAGGGAGAACUUGAGCGUAAAGCUGAGGAGGAGAGGAAAGCCGAGCGCGAAGCUGAGAGGAAGGAGAAGGAUCAGAAGGCGCAGAACACCGCAGACCGUUACGCAAAGAUGGCAGCAGAGCAACGAGUGCGCGACAACGCGGGCAGUGCGGCUCAGGCUAAGAUUGCGCAGCGGAAGACUGCUAAGGCUGCAGCUCGCAAAGACGCAGCACUGCAGGUCUCGCCAUCCGAUACACCAUGUUCUCCUGCUGGGAAUGGCGCCUCGACUCCACUCGCUCAGCCUGUGCAGACUGGCUCCAAGCGAAAGGCUCAUGUCGAAGACGGCGAUCAACAAGAGCCUAAUGCAAAGCGAUGGAAGGGAGACAGUGGCCAAGUACCACAACAAGACACCGUCACUAGCAGGCCUUCGCCGGAUAUAGCGAAAGAAGCGCCUAUGGUAGCUCCAGCAAACAACAAGCGAAAGGCAGACAAUGGUCCCGAGGCAGAGCAGCCUGCGCCGAAGCGUGUGAAGGAGGCCACGGCUCACCAGCAGCCUGCUUCUUCCGAUGAUGGCGACGAUAUCCAGAUUCUGGACGAGGCUCCAACAAGCGUUCGGAACAAUGAACGCAAUGGCCCUGGACAAUCUGCCUCUCCAAAGGCCACUACGGCGUCCGACAGUGGGUACUCGAGCCACUCUGCUCCGCCUUGUGUCACUCCUCCGGAUGGAAAUGCGCACUGCGCAACCUGCGCACAGAAUACUGAGACGAUCACCGCGAUGGUGAAGUUGGCUCAGAAAACCCCCGAUCAGGACUGGAAGCAGUAUACCGCGCCAAAUCUGCGGGAAAUCUGCAAUUCGCUUGGUGUGGCUGUCUCAGGUAAGACUAAAAAGCCGAUGUGCCAGGAGACCGUCAAGAAGUUCUUGCAAGACCAUGGACAUUUGCAGACUGCAGGGGUCUGGAAGGAGAACAGCCUCGGCCAGGUUGUGUGGUACACCUCGAUGGGAGCUUAUCAUCAACAACUCCAGAAGGAGCAAUUGGAGGUAGCUAGGAAGUACAGCCAGCCUUACGUUCCUGCAGUCGGUGAGGAGACUGUCGAGCAGCCGCCAGGUUCCCAGAAGAAAGCGGCGCCACGCAAGAGGACCACGAAGACAGCCAGCGCGGCUACGACUCAGGCAUCUCCUCAGAUGCGGUCUGGACAGGAUGGAGAUCAGCAGUUGCCUCCUCACAGUAUGAAUCCGCCACCACAGCAUCAACAGCCCGCUCAGAUGCCGAGGAAUGAACAGCUCACUGCUCCAUCGACGGGUGGCACCGGUUCACAGCAACAAGCACCUCGGCAGCCGCAGUGGCAACGCACGCCAGUACAAGGACAAGCGUCUCCACAGGCAGCGAUUAAUGGUUCAGGGCAGCUUCGAGAGCCACCGCGGAUGCCAAUAGCUGUAUCAUCUCAGUCUCCGCCUAUGAGCUGUGGCACGCCGCGUUAUCAGCAGCAAGCUCCUCGAGCGCCACCAAAUGUAGCCAUUCAUGCCUAUCCUGGCCAUGAAUUCGGCGCGAAUGUGCCAACUCAAGGCCUACCGCUUCCGCAGAGCCCGGUAGGUGGACGAGUCCAGUCGAGUCCCCAGCAGCAGCAAUAUCGAGCUCCGGGGCAGCCACAAUCUGGUGGCACACCAGCGAUGCACACCCCAGCUCAGUGGCAGCAAUCUCCACACUUGCAGAACGGCUCGCCAGCACAGCAUUAUCAGCGGCAUGGUAUAGGCAUGAAUAGCCAAGUUCAGUAUCCGCGUGACGGCCAGUACAACAUGGCCAGCCCGGCGCAGUACCAGAACACACCGCGCGUGGGCGCCAACGGACCUAUGCCGCAGCAGCAGAGUCCUGGAGUUGGCAACCAGAACCAGUUCUACAACGACCCUAUGCACCAUCAGUCUCGUCCGCAGAUGAACAUGGGAGGCCCAUCACCUCAGCAGGCUUCGUUUCAGCAGCAACAGGUGAACAUGACCGGCCAAUACUAUCCAAACCAGCAGCGCGUGAGCGGUGGCUAUGGACAGCAGUCGCCACAGGCCACCACUCGGCCAAUGCUGGGCUAUCAUCAGCAAGCCGUAUCCCCUUCAGGCGCAGACGGAGCGGCCUAUCGUCAACCGCAUCAGCAAUAUGGCAACGGUCAAGGCUAUGCGCAGCAUUCUCCACGGUCGAAUGCAUGCCAAAUGAAUCCGGCUCAGUACCUGCAUCAACAGGGCUAUGCUCAGCCACAUACACAGAUCGACCCUAGGCCAAUGCACGGCCACAUUCGUCCGCCUCCAUUGAUGCACCAGCAGGGCUAUGGCCAGCAGCACUUGCAACACAACCCAAUGUAUCCGGCUCCAUUGACUGCUCAGCCGCGAUACCAGAACAUUCCAAACGGCCAGCAGCAGUACACCAAUCAGCAGAGCUAUGUUCAACACCAAGGCAUGCGUGAUCAGCAGGGCCAGGUGAUUGACAUAACCGAUUAG